CUUUUCUUUCUCUGAAAGCAGGCAAGGGGAUUGCUGAUUCUGCACUGGAUGGGUUCAUAAUAUAAAACGGGGCCCCUUUCACUUCAAUAGAUUUGGCACCUCUGGAUCCUCCGGGCAUUUUGGUACUUGAGAUCUGGCCUCCGUGACCACGUUUUGAAAUGAUCCGUCGCCUGCAUUUCACUGUACAAAGGAGAUUUAAGUUGAUGGUUCUGUCACUUCUCUUUGUUACUUUUCUAUUACAUUUUGCUUUUGACAUAACUUCCUUUUCUGCUACUGUUUCCUGCUCAUGUCCAUCUCACAAUCACCCCAAGGCCAAAGUCCAUGUGGUCAGAAAACCUCCAGCUGUCAGGGCCUUGCAAGAUUUCAGUGGCAGCAAUGGUUCAACCCAGAGUUCCUCAGUUCAUAGAAGUCAGGGGAAGAAGGCUCUUCCCGUCAGACCACAAUAUUCAGAUGAAAAAACAAGAGCAUACCAGGGUUCAAAGAUGGAUUCUCUGUUCAAACACCCCCUCUACAAUACACCCUUGCCAGUACUUAAGGAGGAGGACAAGCUGUUUAGAGUUAACUCCAAGGAACGAUUCACACUGAAAGACAGCAACAGCGGAAGUGAAGAAUGGAUCAGCGCUGGUCUGGAGUUUGUCCUGCCAACAGGAGAGACAGCUGCGGACACGUAUCCCACCUGGCUAAAGAUCCAUAUAGGCAUCAAUCGCUAUCAGUUAUACCCAAGGAAUGAUCCUCUCAUUCCCAUCCUACUGAAAGAACUUUCUACACAGCACAUCCUUAACUCAGUUCAGAAACCUGGGGGCACCCAGCUCAAGCUUCUUAUGACUUUCCCCAACUAUGGACAGGGUCUUUUCAAACCAAUGAAACAGGCUCGUGAGCAGGAAACCCCUGCAGAUUUUUUUUACUUCUCAGAUUUUGAAAGACAUAAUGCAGAGAUUGCUGCUUUCCACCUGGACAGAAUCCUAGAUUUCCGGCGCAUCCCACCAGUCGUUGGCCGGCUGAUGAAUAUCACAAAGGAAAUCUGGGAUAUCACAACAGAUAGGAAGCUGGCGAAGACUUUCUACAUCUCUCCAGCCAAUAACACCUGCUUCUAUGGUGAAUGUUCCUACUACUGCUCCACGGAACAUGCUUUGUGCGGCAAGCCUGAUCUUCUUGAGGGCUCUGUAGCUGCUUUCCUUCCCGACACUGCCCUGGCCAAAAGGAAGUCCUGGCGCAGCCCUUGGAGACGUUCUUACCACAAGAGCAAAAAGGCAGAAUGGGAACUGAAUCUAAAUUACUGUGAUACAAUAAAAGUCACCCCACCCUACAGUGAGGGGACACGACUCUUGGACCUCAUAGACAUGGCUAUUCUAGACUUUUUCAUGGGAAAUCAAGAUCGUCAUCACUAUGAGACAUUUGAAAAAUUUGGAAACCAAACAUUCCUCCUUCAUUUGGACAAUGGGAGAGGGUUUGGACGUCACUCGUAUGAUGACCUCUCCAUUCUGGCACCACUGCAGCAGUGUUGCAGGAUCAAGAAGUCUACCCUGAUGCGCUUGCAGCUUCUCGCUACAGAGCCCUAUCGUCUGAGUGAUGUCAUGCGGGAGUCUCUCUCCAUGGAUCCUCUCUACCCUAUCCUGUCUGAGACCCAUCUCACUGCCUUGGACAGGAGGCUGACGCUCAUCCUUAAAGUUGUCAGGCAAUGUGUACAGAAAGAAAGCCAUUCCCAGGUGGUACAUGAUGAUCUGAGAAAGUUUUAGAAGAUUCCGAAAAUGGGCGGUUUCAGAUGAUGCUUCCUAUUUGUCAAACCAUGACACACAUUUUAAGAAUAUUGGUAGAAUUCAGUAAUAUUAUCCUUUUCGGGUAUAAGUAUAUGCAAUACUACAGUGAUGCCUUGCAAGAUGUUAUUAUAGUAAACAAAUACCCACCAGCACUAGGAUUCUGCAGCAUCCAGCCUAGUGUGCAAGGGUGGAAGUUUGGGGUGCCCUUUCCUCUCACAAGCUGAAUAUUAUUUUAUUUUGCUUUAUUGCAGAGGGUUGGCUAUUUGCCAUUACUUUGUUCGUAUUUGUUUUCUUUGAGUAUAUACUUAUUUGCACAAGGCAAAUCAUGCCUUUAUUUUAGAACAAUUUCAGAACAAUUUCAGCCUUUUAGCGAUUGCUCUUAGGUCUAUUUUUGUCUGUGUAUAUUGUGACAAGCUAUCAUGGAACAAUAAAAAGGCAUUUUUGGGUUGAAAA